UUUAUUCAACCUGUCACCAAGUUUCUGGUCACACCUGCCACAGCUGACCCCCGAUCCAUUCUCCCUGUCCCCAUCCUCUCCACACAUCACAGUACACACCAGGAAUACCCCCAGUUCUCAUCUCCUCAUCCUGGGCUGCUUCAAUAGACUCCAGAGUAACCCAAACCACACCCUGCUGCCCAGAUUCCUAAUGACACGUGAAAGGCCGUUAUGACUUGCUUUCCUCAUGCCCUAUGCACACCUGGACUCCAGCCAAGGAUCCUCUUUCAUCAACCCCCAUAUUAGCUACGAUCCUUCACGCUAAUGUAUCGCUCAGAGCUCAAAAGACUUUGAAGGGCCUGUGCCUUCGCGAUCCAGCGCUUAAGUUCUUUGCCCUCCGCGUACUUUUGACAAAUACUGGGCAUCAACCAUGUUCCAGGAACUACCCUAGGCAAAGAAAAUAACUGGGCAAGGUUCCCAUCGGUGUCUCUGCUGGCGGGCAUCGCCCCCGCCGGGCCGCCACCCUGAACGAGCCCGUCCGGUCCUCUGGGUUCCGCCACACUGCGUAGCGCUGCGCCAGCAACCCGCCCAGCACUCCCUCCCGCCGAGGGCGCCCAGGUCGGCUUCCGAGGGGCGGUUCUCACAAGCGAGUUCCGGCGCCCAGGACGGCUUCAUCCUCUCGUCCCGUCCGCCGCAAGUGCAUGCGCCUGGGAAACCCGCCGCCCUCCAGGGAUCCUCACACCUUGCCUCACCCCGCGGCGCAACCGGACGAGGACCCCGAGCAGGGCUGCCCAGCGAGCGCCUGAAGGACCCCGCGAGGGCCGCAGGCUAUCCAGCGUGGCGCCUGGUGGCCGGGCCCUGUGCCGGAGGACAAGGAGUGAGAUGGCCUCAAUCUUGCGAAGCCCUCAGGCUCUCCAGCUCACUCUAGCCCUGAUCAAGCCUGAUGCAGUCGCCCAUCCGCUGAUUCUAGAGGCUGUUCAUCAGCAGAUUCUAAGCAACAAGUUCCUGAUUGUACGAAUGAGAGAACUACUGUGGAGAAAGGAAGAUUGCCAGAGGUUUUACCGAGAGCAUGAAGGGCGUUUUUUCUAUCAGCGGCUGGUGGAAUUCAUGGCCAGCGGGCCAAUCCGAGCCUACAUCCUUGCCCACAAGGAUGCCAUCCAGCUCUGGAGGACGCUCAUGGGACCCACCAGAGUGUUCCGAGCACGCCAUGUGGCCCCAGAUUCCAUCCGUGGGAGUUUCGGCCUCACUGACACCCGCAACACCACCCAUGGUUCGGACUCUGUGGUUUCAGCCAGCAGAGAGAUUGCAGCCUUCUUCCCUGACUUCAGUGAACAGCGCUGGUAUGAGGAGGAAGAGCCCCAGUUGCGCUGUGGCCCUGUGUGCUAUAGCCCAGAGGGAGGUGUCCACUAUGUAGCUGGAACAGGAGGCCUAGGACCAGCCUGAUGCAGGUCUAUGAAGACCAGUGGCAGUGCCCAGACUUUUCUCUUAGACAUCUAGUCUAAAACAUUCUCCUAGGACCAGGGAAGCCUGGGCUUAUAGUGCCAUUUCUGCUGGGCACCACCACCUGCCUGAGGGCCUAGCUCACCGCAGCACAUCCUCCAGAAUCUAGCUUUCUGUCUACCUCUUCUCUGGAAUGUUCAUGGUGGUUCAGAAGAAUGAUGACUCCUCUUUGCUGAGAACUGUUCAUCCUUCUUCAAGAAGAAGCUUGCCAGGCCAGGCGCAGUGGCUCACGCCUAUAAUCCCAGCACUUUGGGAGGCUGAGGCGGGCGGAUCACAAGGUCAGGAGUUCGAGACCAGCCUGACCAACAUGGUGAAACCCUAUCUCUACUAAAAAUACAAAAAUUACCCAGGCAUGGUGGUGCAUGCCUGUAAUCCCAGCUACUCAGAGGCUGAGGCAGGAGAAUUGCUUGAACCCGGGAGGCAGAGGGUGCAGUGAGCCGAGACCGUGCUAUUGCACUCCAGCCUGGGCAACAGAGUGAGACUCUCUCUCAAAAAAAAAAAAAAAAAAAAAAAAGAAGCUUGUCUAAUUGACUUGCCUAAAAAAUGCAGUGACUCCAAGCAACAUUUGGCGUGUCUUCCUCAAUAAAAGUCAGUGUUCUCCUGAAUCCUUUGUGCUGCCACAUUUAGGGGAAACUUCAGACUUCAUCAUUCUGACUUCUCAGCAGCAUUCACUUAUUGCUUCAUUCUCCAGAAACACUCUCUUCUCUUGGAUUUUCUGAUCCCAUGCCCUUGGUUUUCUCCUUCUCUGCAUUUUUCUUCAUCUCCUUUAUCAGCUUAUGCAAACAUUUAUUUUCAUAAAUUCUCUAAUUCAAGGCAUACUGAAAAAUGCAAAGAUGGUUAAGACAUGAUUGGGUCCUCAAGUUGCUAAUUAUAAAUUUGGGUAGUCAGCCAACUAUAACAUGUGGCAGAGAUGGAGAAGUGCCCUAACAGGUAUGAAGUCCUGUGGGAGAACAGAGGAAAGAAGGUUUCCUUUGGCUGGGUGAGGAGGUGAAGGAGAUAGGGUGGAAAGGCUUUUAUAAAAGAUGUAGCUGGUUUUGGAACUAAGCCUCAAGGUCAAAUAGGGUAUCCAUAGGAGGGGUCUGGGGCACGAGACAGUCUUUAUUUUCAGGAUCAAAUGGGUCAGUUUGGUAUGUGUGUGACCUAACAAACCUGUGACACUUCUUAUGAGAGGUCGACUUUCUUUCUCAGUACAUGUGUAUUUCUCUCUUUUUGGUGGCCUUGAAACCUUUCUUUGAGUUGAAAAUUGCCUUCACCAUCUACCACUUUCACUAAUGGUAGACCAGGAAAUUUGGACCCACUGAACAUAGAGAACAACUAGAAAAGCUGUGCAAAAUAUAAACAGCAUCUAUCUGAAAGCAUCAGCUGGCAAUAUAGAACCAAAAUUCAGGACACAAAGGAAACUUAGAGAAGUGAGCCUGGGACUUACAGCCACUUUUUCCAUAAGGGCACCUGCUGAUUCUGGAAGAGGCAGUUGAGAGGCUAAGAAGCUGAGUAGAACUUUCAACAACUUCUUGUGUUAGGGAGCCAGCUUCAUGAAUGCUGGCAGAAAAUACAAGAUUACUUGGGCAGAGACUACUGCUCAGGGCACAGCAGGCAGUGUGUUAGCCUUGGUCCCUCUUGCCCUCCAAGUCCCACAGGGCAAUACUGGCAGGCCCAGGAAAGUGUUAACACACAGCAGGUUUGCAUCACGGCUAAGGAACCACAAUCUUAGGGAGAUACUAUCUCUGUCUUCUAAGGCCAUUUGCUGUACAAAAAUCCUUGAAAUACCUGGGCACAAUGGCCAGGUAUGCUAGCCUGUAAUGCUAGCACUUUGGGAGGCUGAGGGGGGUGGAUCACCUGAGGUUGGGAGUUCGAGACCAGCCUGACCAACAUGGAGAAACCCCGUCUCUACUAAAAAUACAAAAAUUAGCCAAGCGUGGUGGCGCAUGCCUAUAAUCCCAGCUACUCGGGAGGCUGAGGCAGGAGAAUCGCUUGAACCCGGGAGGCAGAGGUUGCGGUGAGUCGAGAUCAUGCCAUUGCACUCCAGCCUGGGCAACAAGAGUGAAACUCCAUCUCAAAAAAAAAAAAAAUCCUUGAAAUAGUCUGGAACAAAAUCUGUCAACAUCUCAGCCCACAAAAUAUCAACAAAAUUGAUAUUUUGUUGCAUUUAAAAAAUUUAAAUGGUGGUCAAAGGGUACAAAAUCUCCGACAAUUAAGACACAGAAUUAAUUAUGCAAACAUUUAUUUUCAUAAAUUCUUGUGUUUCUAUUCUAUUUUCAUCCUAUUUUCACAGAAAAUUCUAUUUUCACAGAAUUCUGUGUCUCCACAAGAGACACAGAAUUAUCUCCCACUAAAAUUGUCUCUCAUAAAAACCUGGCUCCCACAAAUACGGAAAGGGAGAAAACUAGAAUAAACCCUGUGGUGUUGAAUUGGUGAUAUCAGUGUGAACUUGUGUAUUUAAAUCUAUAGAGAUAGAUGUAAAUAUGUUUUUGUAUGUAUGUAGGUACGUAUAGUCCUUUGCACUGAUGUGAGAGCAAUGACACUCCAAUAGUAAUGACCACACCCAGCACCCAGGUCCACCAAAAGACAAAGUGCUAUGGACUGAAUUAUAUCCCCCUAAAAUGCAUAUGUUGAAGCCCUAACCCCCAUGUAAUGAUAUUUGGAAACGGGACAUUUGGGAGAUAAUUAAGUUUAGAUGGCCAGGUGUAGUGGCUCACGCCUGUAAUCCCAGCACUUUGGGAGGCCGAGGCAGGCGGAUCACAAGGUCAGGAGAUCGAGACCAUCCUGGCUAACACGGUGAAACUCCGUCUCUACUAAAAAUACAAAAAUUAGCGGGGUGUGGUGGCACGCGCCUGUAGUCCUGGCUACUCGGGAGGCUGAGGCAGAAGAAUCUCUUGAACCCAGGAGGUGGAGUUUGCAGUGAGCCGAGAUUGUGCCACUGCACUCCAUCCUGGGUGAAAGAACGAGACUCCGUCUCAAAAAAAAAACCACAAAACAAAAAAAACUAUUCCCUAUAGCAAACCAAUUGUAGCCUGGGCAACAUAGUGAGACCCUGUCUCUAUAAAAAGUAAAAAUAGGCUGGGCGCAGUGGCUCAUGCCUGUAAUUCCAACACUUUGGGAGGCUGAGAUGGGAGGAUCACUUAAGUCCAGGAGUUUGAGACCAGCCUGGGCAACAUGGUGAGACCCCUGUGUCUACAGAAAUAAAAAUAAAAAAAUUAGCUGGGUGUGGUGGUGCAUGCUUGUGUCCCAGCUACUUGGGAGGCAAAGUGGGAGGAUUGCUUGAGGCUCAGAGAUUGAGGCUUCAGUGCAGUUUGAGCCACUGCACGCACUCCAGCAUGGGUGACAGAGUGAGACCCUGUCUUAAAAAAAUAAGAGUAUGACAUGAGCAUGGGAGAGCAAAAGAAAACAAGGAAGUCUGCGACCAUGAAGCGAAUGCUUAGUCUCUGAUAUCACAGGCUUAAAGAAAAUGAUAAAGACCUAAAAAGAAAAGAAAUAUCCCAGCAUGCUGAAGGAAAGAAAAGUUCCCCAAUACCCUUCCUGCUUAUUUUUCCAAUAUAUUACACAGCUGGGUCCACCUUACCACAUCCUGUUUGAUUCCAACGUUACCAACUUUUCCAUUGGAGCCAAAUGAGACAUACUGCAAUCAGUGAUGAACUGUCUAUAUGCCAAGUGUAUCCCUUGUAUGACUGAUUGUGUAAAGGCCGAAACUGAGAAAUUGGGGCAAAGUAUCAAGUGGCUUAAAGGAUCGCCAAGGAUCCAAAAUUUGAACGAUUACCAAAUUACCAUGCACAGGAAGGAAUCUGUGCAGAUAACUGCUUAGCACAGAGAGUAACUCAGCAUAAGUGUUGUAGCCAUGAACCUGGGACCUUAGAAGAAUCCUAAGAUUCUUGGAGUUCCUAUCAUGUACAUUUCUAACCAUAGAUAUAACAUGGGAACUGAUGUCAGAUGAUUAUGGAGCCCCUCGGUUCUAAUUCUUGCCCAAGUUCCUCUGCCUUUCUUCCACCAACUUUGUCUUGUUGCCAGUUCAUUAAACAUGGAAUAGAAUGUUAUUCUGUUCAACUCAUUUGCCCUGUUAUCAGCUGAGUAUGGUUAAACACACUCAAUUUUUCAUGCUGUUUUGAAAUUGAUAUUUUGUUGCAUUUAAAAAAUUUAAAUGAUGGUCAAAGCAUACAAAAUCUCCGACAGGAAGAAUUCAUUUUAUAAUUUUUUUGAGGUCUGUUGCACAGUGUGGUGAAUAUAGUUAGUAGAGUAUUAUACAUUUCAAAAUUGCUAAGAGUAAAUUUCAAAUGUUCUCACUACAAAAUGCUAAGUAUUUGAAGUGAUGGAUAUGUUAAGCAGCUUGAUUUAAUUAUUCCACAUUGUAUCCACAGAUUAUGACAUCAUUUUGUAACCCAUAAAUUUAUACAAUUAUAAAUUGUCAUUUACAGUAAGAAAUAAUUUGUUGCAUCUUUUUAGAAAAAUAAAAUAAUUUUUUACAUCUGUGUA